AUGGCGAAACUUAUGGUCGUCCUUCUGCUCGUGUUGCUCGCUGCCACGGUCACUGAUGCCGGCAGCGCCACCAUCGCUGCUGGUCGCCAAGCAAGGAGGAGCCGUUUCCUGCUCGCUAACAGCGCAGCCUACAACCCGCCGCUGCCGUCGCCGUACGCGUGCUCCAAGAAGUCGGCUGCCGUGUGCCUCGCUCCGGGCAGCCCUGGUCCGGCGUGCUGCCGCGGGCAGUGCGUGGACACGACAGCCAGCGCCGACCACUGCAGUGGCUGCAACAAGGUCUGCAGGCAGGACCGCAGCACGUGCUGCGGUGGGCGCUGCGUCGACCUGCUCUCCGACAAGGACAACUGCGGCACGUGCGGGAACCAGUGCAACAACAAGUGCAGCUAUGGUUUCUGUGACUACGCCAUGUAA